AUGGAUGUGCUUAAUAGAAUGUUGGAAGGGGUGGUGGAUAGAGGUUUCAUCUCAGGUUUCUUGGUGAGUAGCUCCUGGCAUGGAAGCUUGACAGUCUCCCAUCUUCUUUUCACUAAUGAUACGUUGAUUUUUUGUGAUCUGGAUCUAGAUCAAAUUUUCUCUCUAAUAGCACUUCUACUUUGCAUUGAAGUUGUAUUUGGCCUUAAGGUGAAUUUAUCAAAGUCGGAAGCAGUUCCUGUUGGUUCGAUCAAUAACUUAAGUGAAAUGGCUACCAUCUUGGACUGCAAAGUUUCAUCCUUACCUAUGAAAUACCUUGGACUUCCUUUGAGGGCCCAUUAUAAAUCUAAGGUAAUGUGGGAAGGAAUUGUUGAGAAAAUUGAAGGGGUGACAAAUAGACUGAAGAAGAUGUUUCAUGAUUUCUUAUGGGAUGGGAUAGAGGAUGCAAAAAAAUUUCACUUGAUUAAAUGGGAUAAAGUAUGCACCCCUUUGUCUUGCAAUGGGUUAGGCGUAAGAAAAUUGAAAACCUUCAACAAAACACUUCUUGGAAAAUGGUUAUGGCAUUAUCAUCAAGAGGGAGAUGCUCUUUGGAGGAAUAUUCUAGAUGUCAAAUAUGGGAGCGUUUGGGGAGGUUGGUGCUCUAAGGAAGUAAGAGGGGCUUAUGGCGUGAGAGUUUGUAAACUUAUCUGGAAUGGUUGGGAUGAUUUUCUCGGUAACUAUAGGCUUAAGGUGGAAAGGGGCACACAAAUCAAGUUUUGGCACAAUAUUUGGUGUGGGGAUAUUGCUUUGAAAAAUGAUUUCCCCUCUCUUUAUAGGAUUGCAUCAUAUCAAGGUUCCUCAGUGGCUGACAAUAUGUACAAUACUAUUGAUUCCAUUCAUUGGUCUAUGAGAUUUACUAAAGCUGUCCAGGAUUGA